AUGGCCAAUACUGACAUGUUCUUGGGCCUUGCAGAAGCUGAUGUGAACAAGGCGGUAUCCUGGCUGGAAGACGCGCGCCACAUGCCGGCGACGAGCGGUUUCUCGCCAACGCAAUGGCUGUGGCACUGGCUUUCGUCUACGCCAGCCUUUGCGCCUUUGACUGAGGCUGCUGAGAAGAUGGAUACCGUCUUUGGCUUUACCUCUGGCGAUUGGGCUUUUCAUUGGGUCGAAGAGAUGGAAAAGGCCUCCCUGAACCCGGGCCCAGCUGCUUCGCCAGUCACGCCGGCGCAGCCUGCUUUGGACAGCAAUUGGCCGCAUUUUCCUAAUGGCCACCGCUCCCUUGGACUGGCCCCUGCUGAUCUUCUCCGUGCACAUGCAUGGUGGGAGGAGGCCGCUUCUUUCGAUGGUGCCAUGGGAUGGAAGGAGGACGACGCGCGCCAAGGAGGCUGGCCCUGGCUGGAACAUUGGCCAAUGGCUUUGGCUCUGGGUGUCGCAGGCCGACAGACCUCAGCCGCCACCGGCUCCUCCUUUGGACACUGCGCCACCUGCUGCUACCGGCAUGGGUCCCAACGCCUUUCCGCUCAGCCAGCACAAUGA